AUGCAAGAGCUGAACCAGUCCUCUGUGACUGAAUUCAUCCUUCAGGGCUUCUCCUUCAACCCCAGGAAGACUCCUCUGCUCUUCUCAGCCUUUCUGAUAAUCUAUGCAUUGAUUAUUCUGGGCAACAGUUUGAUCUCCACCCUCAUCUGCCUGGACUCACGUCUUCACACACCCAUGUAUUUCUUUAUUGGCAUUCUUUCCAUGUUAGAUCUGGGCUACACCACGACAACUGUGCCCCAGAUGUUGGCACAUUUGGUUAGCCAGAAGAAGACCAUUUCUUUUGCCAGCUGUGUAACUCAAAUGUACAUUUUCUUGGUGCUAGGCAUCACUGAGUCCUGGCUCUUUGCCAUCAUGUCUAUAGACAGGUAUGUGGCCAUCUGCCACCCACUGCGGUACAAGGUCAUCAUGAAACCAUGGGUAUGUGGGGCAAUGGCCAUUUUCUGUGGACUCUGGGGUGUCGUCUCUGCUAUUGUCUACACUUAUUUUGCCAUGCGUCUGCCCUACUGUGGCCCCAACAAGAUCAACCACUUCUUCUGUGAAAUCCCUGCCGUCUUAAAGCUGGCUUGUGCAGACACCUCAAUCAAUGACCGGGUAGACUUCGUUCUCGGUUUUUGUGUCAUCCUGGUCCCACUUUCCCUCAUCUUUGUCAUUUACAUCAACAUCUUCAUUGCCAUCUUGAGGAUCCGUUCGACUCAAGGGCGACUCAAGGCCUUUUCCACGUGUGCUUCCCACAUCACUGUGGUCACCAUGUUCUGCGUGCCGGCCAUGAUCAUGUAUAUGAAGCCUGGCUCUGAGUCUUCCCCAGAGGAGGACAAGAAGUUGGCGCUGUUCUAUAACGUCAUCUCUGCGUUCUUUAAUCCCAUCAUCUACAGUCUCCGGAAUAAGGAUGUGAAGAAAGCUUUUGUCAAGGUGACAGGCUGGGGCAAGGCCCCAGAAUAA